AUGGACCAGAUGGCAGAUGAAAUGACGUUGAGAGCCGAUGUGAGAGACAAAGGGAGGGCGAACGCUGCUGAGGAGGGCUCUCGCCGGGUGAGAGGAGAAAGGAUUCAAUUUGAGGCUCAAGUCAGAAACUGGGGACCUGCAGAGAAUAAGGCUGGGGACACCAGUGGGGACACAGAUGCUCAGCAGCUCAGAGAGUGUGACAGAUCCUCUUCCCCUCGGUUCUCUUUGAAAAAGUACCUGAGGAGAUCUUCCUCCAAAGCCUCUUCCUCCACAGAGUCUCUGUCUUCUUCACCCCAGAGCAACAUGGAUGUUGACUGUGCAGGAAUCAUCCUCAACUGCCUCUUCUGCCGCUUCAACAGCAGCAACUGCUGCCCCAACUACAAGCAGGUCAUCACAGCAGCAGCAGAGUCUGCAUCCAGCAGUGACGGUGACUCGUGCACGGACUUGGACUGUGGUCUGCUCAGUGCCUGUAAUGAAGGAGGGGAUUGUCUGGAGCUGGCGAUGGAGGUUUCUGAGUUGUGCUUCCGCUAGGAGGAAAACAAUACUCAUUACCCUAAGGAACUUGCUGGAUAUGCAAAGAUCAGACUGUGAAGUGGACAGUUUCUUCAGGCUAAAACUCUGAUAAAUGCACAGAAAAUUAUAUCAAAGCUGUUACAUGCAACAUUUGUGGUGUUAAAAUGACAAUAAAUAUAGAUAAUGCAUCUGUGAAUGCAUGUGACCUUGUAUCUAUAUAAUGUAAUGGCCUAAAUCUAUGAAACUGACCCAUUUCAUCUCAGACAGUUUGACUUUGACAGGAAAAGCCAAGUGGACCUAAAUGAUUGACAACCGCUGUUACCCAUUUUUAAAGCAGCGAGCCUGAACAGUAGAGCCAGGAACUGAAUGCACACACUAUUAUUAAUCACACCUACUGUGUUUGUGUUUCCUGUCAAGGCGUAUUUUAUAUUUCUGUGAAAAAAGGGUCUGUUAGGUUUUCCAUGUUAUGUUUGAGGUAUAAAGGAGAAAUUGUAGUGAGACUGUUGAUAGUUGUGGUUCAGCAUCAGUGGUUCCUCUGUUUAUUGCAAAAUACUGUAUCUGUUUCCAAUACUUCCUGUUCAACACGGACAAAUUUAACCUCAAUCAUUUCAAAA